UCUCCAUCCUCUAGUCCAAAACAUAAAACCCUAAAACCACCAAAAUAAUACAUCAAGAUCAUUCUAAGGUCACCCUUAUUUGAGAUGAUUCAUCAAGAUCAAGUGGCCUUCCCUUGUUUUACCGCUUCCGCCGUCGCCGUCGCCAACGCCCCUAGCUACGACGGAGGUGCUGAAGGAUCCCAGACACAGUUGAUGAGGUCCCUAUUUUACAACCUGUUAACCUUGAAACAGAAGGUUAACGAAGUUGAGUCAGUUGCUAUGCAAGCUGCGUGUCAUAGUGAAUAUUAUGGUCAACCAGUUGAUGAGGUCGCCUCGUCUAUGGCUGUAUCUAGCCUGGCUAAUUUGAUGCAAGAAAUCGUUCAGACUGCCUCGUUUAUGAUGCUUAGCUGCGAACAAAUGGCCCUUGUGUCGGUACAAGCAUGUAACAGUAGUGGCAGUAGUACUACUCAUAUGCGUGCGGAUCAGGAGUCAUAUUUCAUGCAAAAGCCUGAUGAUGGAGUACUUGAUAUUAGUGUUGGCGCGGUUAAUAAUCAAGGAUUUUUGGGUGGAGAUGAUGCUUAUAAUAAUUGGUAUACACAUGAGACAAGUUACAACAACAAUUGUGUAAGAGUGGAAGGCUCAAGAUCAACAACGACGAGGACGACGAGCACGACCACGGCCACGGCCACCACUGUGGAAGAAGAGGGGAGUGUGUACCAAUACCAAGCAAGCAAUAACAUGAAUCAAGAAUCGGAGGUGUUGGAAGAGGCUUAUGAUGUGGUGGAGCUAGAGGCAGCAGAUUUGCUAGCGAGGUACACCCACUAUUGCCAAGUAUGUGGUAGAGGGUUCAAGAGAGAUGCAAACCUUAGGAUGCACAUGCGCUCUCAUGGAGUUCAAUACAAGUCAAGUCUCAUUAGCAACCCCAUGAAUAAUAGAAGUGAAGAAAGCAAGAUGACGACGAAGAAACCAUGGAGGAAAUAUUCUUGUCCUCAGCAAGGAUGCAGGUGGAAUAAAAACCAUGUCAAGUUUCAACCUCUCAAAUCGAUUGUGUGCGUGAAGAACCACUACAAGAGAAGCCAUUGCCCUAAGAUGUUUCUAUGCAAGAAGUGCAAUCGAAAGCAAUUUUCAGUCCUCUCGGAUUUGAAGAUGCAUGAGAAAUACUGUGGGAACAUCAAAUGGCGCUGCUCCUGCGGUAUCACUUUCUUUCAAAAGGAUAAACUCAUGGAUCAUGUUGCCUUGUUUGCUGGUCAUUCGCCUUUGAGUAAGCCUUUGGUUAUUAAUUCGGAUAAUACAGUUGAUAAUUACCAGCAUGGAGGAGUACAGUAGAAAUCUAUUUGCAUAACAGUAAUGGCCCAUGUGACAUGUGUGUAAGGAAACUCGGGGAUGGAUCUACAAGCAUAUAAUCAUAUAUGAUUGUCGAUGUACAAAAAAAUUAAAAGGAUUCAGCUUUCUUCAAUCCACAAGAACUUAUCAGAUUGUUACAUCAACAUACCAUGAAAAUAUGUCAUGGGCAAUGCAUUAAUAACAUUUCUUUUUGUCUUGUAUGAAGAUAAUUUUAUUGUUUGCAUUGGUUAACAAAUGAACUUGUGAAAUCUGUUAAAUCAUGUAAUUGAUUGGUAACAAAUGGAAUU